GUUUAGGAAGGACGUUAGAAGAAGAAGUAGUUACACAGGAAAUGAAUGGUAUCAGCGGUUAGUAACAAAUUCUAAGCUCAAACUCGGCUAUAAAGAAGUCCUGCGUCUCAUUUAGCCUGAAAGGUGUCCUGGCAGAGGAUGGUGCAGCUGCAUGUGAAGCGCGGAGACGAGAGCCAGUUUCUGGUCACCAGCACGACGGACGCCCCGCUGGAAAAGCUGAUCCGGCAGGUGACGGCCAUUUACAACGGCAGGCUCAAAGUGGAUAGAGUAUGUUCAGAGAUCUCAGAGCUCGCGGACCACGGCGUCACGCUCCCGCCCAACAUGCAGGGACUGACGGAGGAGCAGAUUGUGGAGCUGAAGCUGAAGGACGAAUGGGAGGAACAAUGCAUCCCGAGCGGAGGUGCGGUGUUCAGGAAGGAUGAGAUCGGGAGGAGGAAUGGACACGCCCCAAAUGACAAAAUGAAGGCGGUAUUGAUGAGGACAGUGGAGGAGGCGAAAGCCCUCGUCUCUAAAAAACAGGUUCAAGCCAAUGUUUGCGUCACCGUGGAAAUGGUAAAGGAGGCGCUGGAUCAGCUGAGGGGUGCCGUCAUGAUCGUUUACCCCAUGGGCCUGCCCCCUCACGACCCGAUUAGAAUGGAGUUUGAAGAUCAGGAAGACCUGACAGGGACACAGGCCUCUCUGCAGGUGAUCCCGGAGGACGAAUGCCAGCUAUGGUGGGCCGGCAAAGAGAUGCAGAGAGGGAAGAAACUUCAGGACUACAUUGGAAGAAACGAAAAGACCAAGCUUGUGGUCAAACUCCAGAAGAAAGGACACGGGGCGCCAGCGAGAGAGCCCCUGGUCAGCGAUGAGCAGCAGAAACAGAUGAUGCUGCAUUACCACAGAAGGCAGGAGGAGCUUAAGAAACUGGAGGAGGCAGACGACGACAGCUACCUGGACUCGGAGUGGUCAAACAGACAGGCCCUCAAAAGACAAUUUCAGGGCCUUGCUAAUAUCAAAUGGGGGCCGAGGUAGCACGGUUACCCUGACAACCUGGCCUGCUGAUCCAGUCAAUGCAGCUCGCCUUAUGUUCAGCCUGAGACCAGGUUCAUUUCUGUGAGACCACUUUACUCGUUUUUCAAGACGACAUGCAGCCAGAUCGCCUUAUUUUGCGUCUGAUGAAACCUUUUUUUGUUCUCGCCAAACACGACUGAUUUAAUGUUUCUGUAAUAAAAAAAAAAGCUUUGUUCUACUGUUUUUAAACACACUGAGAAAACAAACGUUUCCAAUGUUGCCGGUGGAGCUGUUGCGCAGCAGAAGAAGUCGUCCAGCUUUUCUGGGAGUGUGGGGGGGACGAGGAUGCUACACCUUUCCUCUCUUUGUCUCACACACUUCAUUCGGCCAGAGGCAGGAACUCGCCACACGGUCAUCGUCUCCGCAGAGAUCAGGAAACCGCUGAAGUCGAGCGGCGUUUUACUCUGUGGUAGAAGAGCUGUGAUCCAAAGAGGAAACGGGGCAGAGACCAUGCCGGGGGGGGGGGGUCCUAGAGUCUGGAGAAGUCUGGUGUUUUGACUUUGAGAUUUCUCACGUCUGGAUGAGUGUGGGGAAAAAAAUGCUUUUUGUGUCUUUAGGACCUUAUCCCAUUUGUCUAAAAGUUGAGUCCAUCCAUCCAUCAAUUCAUGUUUACCCCUGCAGCCAUCCUGUUGUCCAUUAUUCACUCAUUCAUCUCCAUCCAGCCAUCCUCCCAGUUUAUCCCUCCCUUUCUUCUUCUACCCAUCCAUUGAUCAGAUUAGCCCAUCAGCACUCUGAAACGUGUUACUGAGAAGUCCUUUAUAGAUACAUGUGCCGUGCCUUAUCGCAUCUUCCUUCUCAUCCUUCUAUUUAUCCACCAAUCAGUUCAUCUAUGCAUUCAUCUUCCAGCUGUUUGUCAUCCAACCGUUUUAUCUACCAGUCUGCGCUCCACUCGUUCAUCCAAGCAUUUAUUUAUCCACCAUCCAUCCAUCCCUCCCUCCCUCACUAAUCCAUCACCAUCUUUUGUAUGUGCACUUUAGCAAAAACAAGCUAAAAACUGUGGGGAACUGUGGAAAUUUGGACAGAAAGAAACUAAAUGGCAGCUUACGAUGGUUCAAAUCCUGUGCACUGUUGCACUCCGUGAGUACAGCAGUGCACAAAAUUACAGGGUGAUGGUGCUUUUAAGUGUUCUUGUAGUAAACAGUAUGUUAAGACUGGAGGACUUCAACUGACAAUGGGUUUUAUGAUGAGAGAAGCCAUUGUUUUGCUUUAAAAUCCCUGUUUUUAUUGGAUUGGAGCUGUAUUUAUGCCCCCC